AUGAUGACAAUAGUCGGUCUGUGGCAGCGAGCAGUUCGCAAUAACUGGAACAGUGCUAGAACAACCGGUACCCUGAGGAUCAUAGCGAGUUCUGAUCGGGUUGAAGACAGUUAUUCAAUCAAUCCUCUUCUUGAAGAGAUAACAAGCUGUUACUCGAAGGCCUCGGACGGAGCAGGUGCAAAACUGGACAGUGGCCUAAAUAAAGGAAAGAGAAAACCGAACUCAGAAAAACUGAUUAAAUUACUUGCAGAAGAACUUACCUCUACAAAGUUCAAAGAAUGUUUACUUGCCCUAAAGUUUAGUGAGAAGCAAAUAUUUGUCUUGAGUGAGUUUUACCGAGCUAAACAAAUUGACAUAAACAAUACUCUCUUAGCUGGGUCCGUAUGCUUACCAAUGUUCAAGAACCUGGAGUGGCGACUGCAGGCAGUUAUUGGAUCAAGAGCUCUGCCGCAACAGUUGGAGCCAUCUGCUCUUCUGAAGCUUUCUUUGGAGAACAGUGAACCUGGAAGCAUACUACUGACUGCUGGACCGUGUGAGCUAGUCGCUGUGACUGAAGCACUGGAAGCUGCUCUACGAGAGGCAACUGCACAACAUGCUCGCAGAGUUAGCAGGAGUUACCUCAACGAAUACCGUGUUAGGGUUGAAGACAGUUAUUCAAUCAAUCCUCUUCUUGAAGAGAUAACAAGCUGUUACUCGAAGGCCUCGGACGGAGCAGGUGCAAAACUGGACAGUGGCCUAAAUAAAGGAAAGAGAAAACCCAACUCAGAAAAACUGAUUAAAUUACUUGCAGAAGAACUUACCUCUACAAAGUUCAAAGAAUGUUUACUUGCCCUGAAGUUUAGUGAGAAGCAAAUAUUUGUCUUGAGUGAGUUUUAUCGAGCUAAACAAAUUGACAUAAACAAUACUCUCUUAGCUGGGUCCGUAUGUUUACCAAUGUUCAAGAACCUGGAGUGGCGACUGCAGGCAGUUAUUGGAUCAAGAGCUCUGCCGCAACAGUUGGAGCCAUCUGCUCUUCUGAAGCUUUCUUUGGAGAACAGUGAACCUGGAAGCAUACUACUGACUGCUGGACCGUGUGAGCUAGUCGCUGUGACUGAAGCACUGGAAGCUGCUCUACGAGAGGCAACUGCACAACAUGCUCGCAGAGUUAGCAGGAGGUUCUGUCCUUCGGCCUCUUAGUUUACCAAUACCAACUAAAACUAAAGAAAGUUGCCAUAAAUGGAAGGUAUUGAUUUAUUUUUGCUUCCUCUACAAUCUGAAGCGGAAGAAAUAUUGUAAGCUGUCAAAUUUAUUUUUUUGACAUUCAUAUUAUGUAUGUAUUCGAAUUCCAGGAGUACAAAAAAUAUAUAUAUAUUUUUUUUUAUAAAA